CAAGAAAGAUGACUGACGUCGAGCAGCCAGUAUCAGUUGAGGAUCAACAAGCCCAAGCCCAAAGCUACUACGAUCAAGUCUUAGGAAAUGCUUACGUACAAACGGCAAUCAAUGCAUACACAAAGACUAAAGAGUUCCAUCCACUUCUUAACUCCACAUUGAAUUCAGCCGAAGAAAAGGUUUCCACUGUCGGAAAUUAUGCGGCUCAAAAAGCCUAUGACGGAUACAAUUCGUACUACGUUAAGCCAAAGAACACCGCUUAUGAAGCAGUCUCUUAUGGAACCGAGAGGGCCAAAACAGCUGUUGAGAGCGGAAAGCAAGCUGCUAUCGUUGGUGGUACAUUCGGAAUUGGAGCUGCCGUCGUUUUGACCCAAUUCUCACUUGCCUUGAGUGCUGGAGGUGCCGCCCUGGUCCUUGAGCAAGUGGACAGUGCUAAAAAGUUGGGAAGCAGCGCGAUUUCUACGAUCAAAGAAGCCGAGCUUGCUGUCGAACACAGAAUCUUCUCAGCUCUUCAUCAGGCCCAACGAAUCGCCAUGGUUCCUGUGGAGAAAAUCACAGAAAAUACUAAUUCAUUGCUUGACAUUCUUGACGGAGCAGUUCAGAAAGGACUCAAUAUCGAGGUCCCACCAUCUGUGAACCUCACCAUCGGACAGCGAGUCAAAAAUCUGGCUUCACUGAUCGUCCAAGGAGUAUCUAACAAGGCACAUGAUCAUGUUAUCGAUCCAAUCAACGAGAGAGCCCGUAAUUAUCUUGAGCAGCUCAGCCAAUCCUUCGUAUUGCUAGACAUCGUCCGUGAGAAGAAAACGUGGGUCAUAGAGAAGUCAAACGAGCUCUCCACAUCUGUCUUUGAUUUCAAGAAAACACUUGAGGAAGAGGCACAAAAAUACAAAGUUGCUCCAGAAGAGAUGUUGAUGAAACACAUUCAAUCAACCUCCGAGCAACUCUCAACACAACUUCAAUCAUUGCGUGAGAAGGGACAAAACGUUUUCGGUGAUGGAACUAAGAUUGACUCCACCAUUGACUACUUGGAGAACUUGAAGAAGAACUUCACAGAUGCUGAGGAUGUUUACAAAGUCCGCGACGAGGUUCUGAACGAGGGACGUCAACGGAUCGCCGAGCUUUCAACCUGGACGACUAGCCUUUUGGUUCGUCAACAAACCGAAUAGUAACUUUUCUUCUCAAUCACCACUUUACUAUCUGUAGUCUUUUCAUGUCAAAUAACUGGCUCAGUUCCUAAAUGAUGAUGACUUCUACUCUUUUCUCAAUUUUAUUUGUUUUUGUCAGACCUUUGCCCUCCAUUCCCCUCCUUCGCACCACCCUCACAAAUUUUUUUGAUAUAGAAAGCAAGUGAUAGGCUGGCGACGAUGAUGGCAUCUUUUGUCAUGCUAUUCAAUCUUCUUUCUUUUUGUUUUUUUCCUCUCCAUUACACCACUUCGACUUGACCUGUUCUACUAUAUCACCUGCGCCGCUCCUUCUCGUCAUCAUCGUUGAGAAUGGUUGUUGUGUGGAUGUUGCCUAUAUUUUGUCAGAUGUACGAUUACCUUCUCAAAUUAUGCACAGUAAGCAGCCACCUCCUCCCAUUUAAAAUUCUCACCAGUACCAUACUCCUCCCCACAUAUUUAUUCUAUCAGCCGUACGUGUAUUUUUCCAUUCUUAAAAGUCCAAAAUCCCUCGACCUAGGUUACCAAAAACAAGGGUACGGAAAUAAAGAUACAUA